GGAGCGGAGGCGUUCAGAAGUAGAGCCGCUCCACUUUGAUUGGAGGAAGUACUACAUCAACAAAGAAAGAUGGCCGAAGUGAUAGAGCUGCAGAAACUCAAGCUUGCUGAACUGAGGCAGGAGUGCGAGGCCCGAGGUCUGGACACCAAGGGAAACAAAGGAGAGCUCAUUGCCCGACUGCAAGCCUAUCUGGAGGAGCACGAGGAAGAUGUGGAUGUAGAUGACGUGCUGGCAGAGGAUACAGAGGACUUUCCUAAAGUUGAGAGUGCUAACGAUGUAAAAGACGAGAAGGAUCCCGAGUCUACUGAGUGCGAGCCACCUGCUGAUAAGAAGGUGGUGAAAAUAGCUCCUCCGUCAUCUUCCGGUGAAAGACUACAAAAGAGAGCUGAACGUUUCAACCUGCCUGCAACAGCAGAGAGCAAAAAGGCCAUACGUGCAGCAAGGUUUGGUGAAUCCACAGAGAAUACCAGCCCCGCUCCAGGCGCUGUUGCCAACAGCAAAGCUCCUGUGAACGUCGAUCAGCUGAAGAAGAGAGCAGAACGAUUUGGCAUGAACGUUUCGUCCGUUUCACAAAAGAUUGAGGAGGAUGAAAAGCUGAAAAAGAGGAAGGAGAGGUUUGGAGUCACAGCAGCUGCAGGCGUAGCUGUUUCAGCCGAUGUUGAGGCAAAGAAAAUGAAGCGGGCUGAAAGAUUUGGAAAGAGUGAAUAAUGUUUUUAGAGCCUGUGUUGUUUUUUUUUGUAAAGCAUUUUCAUUACUGCACAACACAGAGAUCCCUGAAGAUGACAAAUGUCACUAAUGGGAUUCCUGUAAAUCAAAAGUAUAAUUAAAUGCAAAGAUAAAUAGGUGAGUUGGAUAAUUUCUUUUUUGAACAUACAGAGGAACAGCGGGAUGACAUGUUUGAAAUACAAACAAAAAGGAAAUAGCUCCCAGUUAGUUACUGAGCCUCACAUCGGUGAAUAAUGUCAAAUAGAAAAAGCAUUUCAUUCAAACCACCUAUUUAUUAUUUACUGGGGCAUCAUUUUCUCAGUCCUGGGAGGCUUUCAAGCAUGUUAUUUUACAGUUUCGGUUACUUUUAUUAAGGAAUUGGAGUGUUUUCUAAAAAUCUAUGGGCAGCAAUAUUACCUUCUCUGUAACAGAAGUUUUGUUUUACUCCUCUUUUCCUUUUCGUUCACUGCUUUCUCCACGCUGCAUUGAAGUCCAUGAAUCAAAACUGCCAGCUGUUUAGGGGAAAUAAUUUUGAUUUCUUGCUGUAUAAUCUUAAAUCAAAAUGGUGCUUUCAACCCUUCGAAAUUUCCCAAAUCAAGCCGAAAAUGGGAGCAAGUCAAAGCAAGGAACGCAUUUACUGUAAAGCAGCUGCAGGGAGCGUGAAGGGUUGAUCUUUGCUUGGUACAAGUGGUCUUAAAUCUAGAUUUGAACAUUUUGGGAACUUUUUGGUGAGCGCGUUACUUUGAAUAGGCUAUUGCAGUUAUACGAGCAGGUCAGAACCCAGUGAGGUAAUUACCUGUCGGAUAGAGAUAAGAAUGGAAACGAAUUGUAUUAACGCCUACAGUUUGCGGGAACUAAAAAAAAAAAAAAAAAAAAAAAAAAAAAAAAAACCUGGUAUCUAAAAAUAUCCUCAUUAUAUGACAUGCAAUCACGGAAAUUGAAAACGUUGAGCCGUGGAUAUAAAAAUGUGUAAUACAUUCAUAAUACAGAAAAUCAAUGUCAAGUUUAACAGUAAACGUAUAAAGUAGUUGAAAGAUUAAAAUAAAUCCUGUAUUUCUGUUUAUUGGUAAGUAAUGCAAUCAAAUCCAUUGAAAUGAUUGAACUCACUUAUUUGCAUUUACUGUGAGUAUUUAACUGUACUUUUGAUUUAACAGAGCCUAUUAUUUCUGUGUUUUCUCUUUGGGAUUGCAUUGGUUCACUGCUUCAGUUAUCUGUCCAUUUUAUAACAUUUUGUGGUUUAAAAUAAAUUGUUUUAAAUUUUU